AUGACCGCUCCUACUGAAACGAAUAGAGCGAAACUUUCGGCGACGCUUGUCGUUUAUUCAAGAAACCGACGAGAAAAACGAGAAGCCUCGGCUUGCUUGAUGAAAUCGAUGUUGACAUCGCCGACGAGAAGCCAAAAACGUGCGACGGCGAAGGAUAACAAGCCGGAGUUCGCUGCUGGAGCGUCACGUGCGCGCCUGCACCGGUGGCCAUUCCUUUCUAGUGCGCUCUUCUCGGAUACCAAUCCGCAGCAGUGUUUGUCUGCCGAUGAUCUCAACAAUGCCGGAACGUUCCAGGUACCGGUAUCCGAUUUUCCCGCGUCCCAGUGUUCACAGAUGUGGAGGCACUUCUCGUUUCAUCGUCGAGCGAAACUGUCAACCGGAAUCGCUUGA